GGCGCCAGGCGGAAGUCGAGUCCACAAGAUGGCGGCCGGUCAGUCGGUGUUGUGAAGUAAGCUGCGCGCCGCCAGAGUGAGGGGAAUGGACGACGCGUACCUGUCUGACUCGGAGCGGCUGUGCGGGGAGCGCUGGGCUCCGGUGGGGGCGGUGGCCAGCCCCGAGGAUGAGGUUAAGGAGGCCAGAGGCGGUGGCGGGGCCCAGGUGCAGAUGGCCGACAGCAUGCAGCGGCUACAGGGCGAGCAGGAGCUGCUCAACUCGUCGCUACUCGCUCUCACCUCCCACUUCGCCCAGGUCCAGUUCCGCCUCAAGCAGAUCGUUAACGCGCAGAGCGACGAGAAGGAGCGCCUGCUGAAGGAGCUGGAGGAUUUCGCCUUCAAGGGCUGUCCGCAGCCCUUCGUCGCCCGGGCCCUGGACGGACCACAGCUGGACAACGCGAGUGAAAGGGAGAAACUGGAACAACUCAAUGCCCAACGUCAGAAACAGAGGGAACUGAUUAUACAACUUAAGACCCAGUUGGAUGAUUUAGAGAAAUUUGCUUAUCAAGAGGGCAACUACGAAUCCCUCCCACAGUCAAUUGUCCUGGAACGCCAGCGGGUGAUCAUAGACGAAUUGAUUAAGAAGCUAGAUGUGAACCUCAAUGACGAUUUUAGCAGCUUGUCAGCAGAUGAACUCCGACAUCGUGUUGAUGCGGCAAUUGCUCAAAUUGUGAAUCCAGCCAGAGUGAAAGAACAGCUGGUGGUCCAGUUGAAAACCCAGAUCAGUGACCUGGAAAUGUUCAUCAACUUUCUCCACGGUGAAGUUGGCAGUCCCCCACAAAUUGAGAAUGGGAGGUGCACAUGUCCUGUGCAUGGAGCAAGUGGGUCCAACGCAACAAGUUCAAGAUUGCCAAGUGGAAGCCACCAUGUUGAUCCAGAAACAGCAAGGAAAAUAAGAGCAACUGGGUUGAGCCUCAUGCGCCGAGCACUGGCUGUGCUGCAGAUAUUUGCUGUUAGUCAGUUUGGGUGUGCGACUGGUCAGAUCCCGCGUGGAUUGUGGCAGCCUGAUGAAAGCAACAAGGACUAUAGUCCAUUGGUGCUGAAACUAGAAGGAGCUGUGGAUAAAGUUAAGCGGCUGGCGUUAAGUCAACAAGCAGAAGACCAUGUGAUCAGCAGCCAUGAUCUUUCUCUUGGUCGGAAGAACGAGCUUACCACAGCUGUGCGUAAAGAGUUGGCAAUAUCUCUCCGAGACCUGAUGAGCCACGGUUUGUAUGCUUCCUCUCAAGGGAUGAGUUUGGUUCUAGCCCCGAUUUCAUGUCUCCUUCCCUCGUUCACAGCCGCUCCACGAACCUUGCAUCCUUGGCAACUGUUUGUGAAAUAUUACAAUACCAGAAAUGGUCGAGCCUUUGUAGAAUCUCCUGCUCGCAAGCUCUCUCAGUCUUUUGCCUUGCCGUUGACCGGGAGUGGUGUUGUGACUCCUAAACAAAGCUUACUCUCUGCUGUUCAUACUGUCCUUAUUGAGCAUGACCCUUUCAAGCGGAGUGAAGAUUCAGAAUUUAAGGCCUUGAUAUGCAUGGCAUUGAAUGAGCAGCGUUUGGUUUCCUGGACAAACCUGAUUUGCAAAUCCGGGACACUUAUCCGGAGUCACUACCAGCCGUGGAGCUACAUGGCUUCAACUGGGUUUGAGAGUACACUUAACAUUCUUAGUCGUCUCAGCAACCUGCACUUCAAUCUGCCCUUCGACACUGCAGUCAGACAAUUAAAAAACAUCAAAGAUGCUUUUUAAAGUUUUCUGAUCUGUUUAUUUUAUUCAGAGGGUUUUAUUUUGUUCUAUUUAAGAUUAAUUUACUUGUUACAAUAUCUUGCAAAUUAAAUUAUGCUGCUCUUUUAUGAAUAUAAAACCUCAACUAAAUGUUUGAGGUAUGUGUCGAAUCAAUACAAUCUUUUUAUUUUUUCACCCAGUGGUCAAUUACAGUUCUAUUUUAAUUCAAAUUUAAAUGGUGACAUGUAAGUUUCUAUAAAAUUACUUAUUUAUAAAAUACGAUAGAUUGCUCAUUGGAUUAUAGGAUGUGCUUCUGUGUAAAGCUUCUGUGUAAGGUGAAAAGAGAUUACAUUACAAGGAAUGUGACAUUUGGGUGAAGUGCAUACAUUAUUGCAAAUCUCAAUCACUAUUUAAAUUGAUCAUCUCGUAUAAAGGAAUAUUUCCUGCUGUUGGAUGAAGGACGUGAUUGUGGAUUUUGUAUAUGUGCUAACUUACAAAAAAUGCUUACAGCCGUGUGAAGACUGACCAUAAUCAUUCACAUGAUCUUAGUCAUCAAUUUUUAAUAGUUAGCCAGACGAAUGUCUGUUAUAACAACCCACGUUCCCAUUGCUGCAAACUAGCUAAGAAGCAAAUGAAAUGCAAGCUGUGACAGGCAGCAUCUCUGAAGAGAAGGAAUGGGUGACGUUUCUUCAGUCUGAAGAAGGGUCUCGACCCGAAACGGUCACCCAUUCCUUCUCCAGAGAUGCUGCCUGUCCCGCUGAGUUAAUCCAGCAUUUUGUGUCUACCUUCAAUUUAAACCAGCAUCUGCAGUUCUUUCCUACAUGAACUGCAAGCUGUAAAGGGUAUGCAAUAAGGUUCCUUUGUUAGAAAAUCUUGUCCUAAAGAAAAUAUUGUCAUGGGAUUGCUUUUGCCCAACUUAUUGGAGAAAUCUAUUUUUCCUCAAAUGUGGGUUAGAUGUUUGCAUUUAAUUGUUGCCCUGUUUUCACAUCAGUCUUAAGCAAAGCUUUGGAUUUGUAAAGUGAGUUUUUUGUGCCCCGCUGACUGCUUCAUUGUAUCGUCCAUUUUUUAAUUACAAAGGACCUGCCCUUAAGCCUAAUGGUUUGGCUUACUUAGCAUCUCACGGGGGACAUUGAUGUGGGAACCCAUGAUCUACCAAUCCAUGGCAUUUGUGCAUUACAGCAUCAACAAGCUGUGCACCGAAUAUCUCCAGUCUUCUUGCUGUAUCAUUCUGUACUUUUGCCUUGCAAAUUAGCUUUGUACAUGUCAGCAUAUUGGGCAUGGCAUAUGAUGUAACUGACUACUGUAAGCACCCUGUGUUUGAUCAAGGGUGUGACAUUUUCUUUAAUUUCUUAAGUAUCAGUUGCUCUUGCUAACAAGAGGAUCUGUUACGUGAUUGUUAUGAGCGGAUUGUUACAUGUGAUUAUUUAAAAUAUCUUUACUUCAAAUCAUUUAUUUGUUUAUAUAUAUAUAUAUAUUCAGAUGUAAUAUAUUCAAUUAAUCAUAUGUUGAAUGUCGAGGAUGUCAUGGGAAAUCUAUUUUAUCCUGGCUUUUUUUGCUUAAGUAUUAUUCAUGUUAGUAUUUUACUGUUUUUUGGUAAACACUGUACUCUCAUCCAUAGCAUUUUAAGUGAAUAUGUAGGACAGAGUAUUUUGUGUUUUGGGUCAUUUUCUGUACUGUAAUCCUGUCUCUCUAAAUUAUUUUACAAACUCUAUGUCUUAAUCGUUAAGUGUAAUUAAUGGCUUCUUUGAGAGGUCAUUGAAAAUGGAAUCAAUUGAUAAUGGUCAUGCACUGGUUAUCCCAUAACCUGAGGUAAACUCUGUCCCUCGGUCACUAGAUAAAAUGUUCACAUUUUCAAAGUCCAUGGUUAUGCUGAGCAAAAUAUGGGUGAGAGAUAUACCGUUCUUUUGAAACAUAUGAAAUACAUAUUACACUAGGACACUGGAAUACAAAAAACCCUUGCAACAUAGCAAUGCCCAGAAGGAACUGCUUGAUCAUUGGCACGUGUCGGGUCCACAUCCUGACUCCUGUCAACACAACCAAUAUGGCCACCUAGCAUCCUUGGAUAUUACGUUGCCCUUUAAAAAGCUUUUUUUUUAAAUGUAGAUUAUGACUUUGCAUCUAGAUUCAAAUCAUAUUUCAGGCCAUGGAUGGCCUGAAAUAUGUUGGUUGCAUAUGUUGGAAAUAUGUAGGAUGUUGGUUGCUUAUGAGCUGCUUGAGAUGAGUUCAUUCACUCAUAAGGGUUGUUCCCCCUUACUACAAUUUUGCAUCUCCCUUACGGAUGUGUUUAUUAACUUUAGUUACAGUGGUUGCUGCAGUUGCUGCUAAUAGCGUUGGGUGUGCUUUCUGUCUCCUGCUGAUAAUGUCCCUGCUGCUAGAAGUGUAUGUUGGCUUUACCUAUGUGGCUGCUGCUCUAUGCAACCCCUUCCCUGCCCCCAAUCUCCCCCGUCCCACCCAACUUCUGGGAUUGACAAUAGAGGAACAAGUGUGCAAUAUUCAAUGUCCUUGGAAUGGUGACAUUUUUUUCCCCAGGUAGUGGCUGCUUGUUUUGCAGCACUAAUAGAAAUGUCAACCUUUGUAUAACAUCCUCUAGUAGUUUCUCCAGGUUGCCAUUUAAGUCUGUUUGAUUGAUUUUGUUUGCAGUGCAGUAUGAAACAGGAAGGCUAUAGUUUGAGCUCCUGAUUCCGCAGGUUAGAGGUUACUGUGUUUGUGUCCUAAACCAUCAAAUCAUCUGGAUUUUUAAAGCAUAUUAAAUUUAAGGAUGCAAUUGAGUGAGGUUGGCACUGAUCCAUGUAGUUUAUAUUGUACUUUUGCUGCUACUCUGGGUCUUGAAACCAAUUAUAGACAAACCAUCGAGCUGUCACUGUGAGACUGCUGCUCUUUGAGAUCUAUAACGACAUGCCUCCAUCUGACUGUCUAGAUUAGCAUCAAAGGUCCCUGGUGUUCAGACCUGUUUUUCCCACCAGUCAGCACCAUCUAAACACAUUAACCAGUUAAACAUCUGUUUGAUGUGUGGAAGGGUUUGCUGUUACUAGUUUACCACACCUCAACAGUGGUUCAUGGUUGGAGAGUGCAUUGGAUGUCAUUUUUGAUGAGAAACUCUGCAGAUUUUCUUUCCAAAGAUGAAUUGCAGUGUUGUUUUCAAGCUCAGUAAGGAAAGAUUGUCUGAAAUAUUUUGAACUGAUUUUGUUGAUUACAGAUGCUACCAUGCUCCUACAUUAGAAAAAAAAACCCGUACUUGCAUUAAAUCCUCGGCAUACAGUUUUCCUGUCCAACAUGGUUUAGCAAUACAGUUGUAAUCCGCAAAGCAUACGUUUGGAACACAAAAACAGAAAAUGCUAUAAAUACAUUGCAGUUCAGGCAGCAUCGGUGGACACUACCACACAAUGUAGACGUGGGAGCUCUCCAAGCCUCCUCUACCAUUUAACCUAUGCUUCUGUGAAUCAUCAGCCUGUCCUGGAUCCCUUUGUCUAAAUAUAUUGUCACAUCUGGGAAAGUUUCAAGUUGAUAACCCGUAGCCUUUGAUCAGUGCUGUCUAAUCCAAGUACUUCCAGUGUUUUAUAUUUAGAUUUUCCAAUGUCCACAUUAUUUUGCCUUGGUUUAAAAUGGAACAUUAAGCUAAUUCUUGUUUCCAAAAAGAAAAGUAUGUGUUUAUUUAUUUAAUUAAAUGUGGUCAACUCGUUCUACUUCAUUCUGCAUGAGAGUGAAGACCAAAUUUGGCAUGGUGGUGUACUAUGGUUGUGAGGCGAUGGUUCGGUAGUUCAAGACUUUAACAUUUUUGCUCAGUUUCUACUUGACAGCCCCAGAGUUAAUAAUCACAAGUUCAUUUUAUGCUAUUAGUUUCAGUAAUUUAGUUUAGCUCCAUUACAUAUCGAGAUAGUAUCAAGGGAAGACUAUAACAUGCCUUGACUCACCAAAAGAUAAGUAACAAAAUCAAGAUAAGAUAAAUAAGCAGUGCUGCUUUCUUUAAAUUUAACUAUGCAGUCAGUAUCGGAAAACUUUUAUCAGAGACCUUUGCUAAUAGUUCCAUCCAAAACAAAAACUUGACCUUGCAUUCUUUGCAAAUAAAUGUUUAUGAAAUCAGCACCUCACCAUAAAAUGGCAACAGGACCAAGACCAAAUGACUUUGUUGCAAUUCUGGAAUAAACUUAAUUUCUCUGACAUUCAAAUCUUUAAUCAUAUCUAGGUUAUGAAUUUCAGGAUGAUGGUGAAAGUUGUGGAAUGUAAUUGUAUAUACAUGAGGUAAAUGUAUAUUUUGGGGUUUAUUGUAAAAUUAUGCAGCAGUGUAUCUGGCAUGAAUUAUAGUUGUAUGUAAUUCUAAAUGUAAGGAAUAAAAUUCUGAGUAUCACAUUAUUUGCAUUCUGUUUGUAUUACUGUAAUUAAUGUUUGAUCUAUUUCUAAUGCACAAUAAAAAUCAGGCAAUGGGUGCCAGUCUG